AUGAAGGUUUUCCUCGUUCGCUUCACUGCACUUUGUCUAAUUAUAACCUUGGUUCAUAGUGCUUCUUUGAAAUGCCGAAAUCCGACAAAUCUGGAAAAGAUGUACAAUGAUCUUCAAGCAAAUAAUAAACUCCCUGUAGAAGUCAAUGAUACUGACAGCGCACAACUGAAAAUAUGCCCGGAUAAUAAAAUGAAUACUUCACAUUUUUGUCCCAUAGCUCUGAAAGUGAUAACUGACGAAACUUUAUUCCCCGCAAAAAGAAUUCGUGUGAUAUGCCUGUGCCGUGACUGUUCGGAUUCGCAUGAACUCAAUGACUGCUUUCACAUCUAUAAAAAAAAAUUGGUUCUACAACGAACAGAUAAUUGCACAGAAGGCGUUUACAACUAUGUGCCGAAAAAUAUAACAACAGCUGUUGCUUGCCGGUUAAAAGUCAAGAAAACGAAGCCCCUUGCACAGCCAGCUCCAAAUACCAUCUUACCAAAUUUUGAUAUUACCAUCUGUAAUACAUCUUAA